GUGUUGCCUAUGGAAGAUUCGGUGAAUCGGUGGUUCGGUGGUGGUGAGAAUCGAGGGAAACUCAGGUUGAGGAAAUGGCAGCAGGUGAUUUGAAGUGGAAGAACACUGCUCUUCUUGUAAUUGAUAUGCAGAAGGAUUUUAUUCUUCCAGAUGCUCCGGUGUCUGUGAAGGGCGGGAAAUCUAUCGUUCCAAAUGUUGUUAGAGCUGUUGAAGUAGCUCGAAGCCGUAAAAUCCCUAUUGUUUGGGUUGUUCGUGAGCACGAUCCUCUCGGUAGAGAUGUUGAGUUAUUUCGCAGGCAUUUGUAUUCUGAUGGUAAACCAAAACCAACUGCAAAGGGAAGUGUAGGUGCAGAAUUGGUUGAUGGAUUGGUGAUCAAAGAUGGUGAUUAUAAGCUUGUGAAAACAAGAUUCAGUGCAUUUUUCAACACAAACCUUCAUUCGUAUCUCCAAGGCAUCGGCGCUAACAAUUUAGUAGUCGUAGGUGUUCAAACUCCAAAUUGCAUUCGUCAGACCGUCUUCGAUGCAGUGGCCUUGGAUUAUCAUAAAGUGACUGUUCUUGUCGAUGCUACAGCUGCUGCGACGCCUGAUAUACAUAUCGCGAACAUUUUUGACAUGACAAAUGUUGGAGUGGCGACCCCAACACUAGAAGAAUGGUGCAAAGCCUAAUCGUGAGGAAUCCAUGGGCACUCUUUUGUUGAUCUUCGUCGCCAUACAAGCUUUGAUUACUUGAAGGUAUCUCCGAAUUUCGUAUAUAAAUAUUGUAGAAAUAUGAAUGUUUAACGUCGUGUUUAUUGUGAUUAUAUCGUUUUACUAGAAGCGUAGUAGGGAGCAUCACCCUUAUAGAAAUGUGCCCGGACAUUUUGUAUUGUUGGAUGCUAUGUGUGUUCUUGGCUUCUUUUCUAUUUUUUACACCCUCCGACUCA